CUUUGAUGGAGGUAUUUUUUUUUUUUAUCAACUUUGAUGGAGGUAUUAGUUUUUCUCAUACUCUGUUUUUUUUUUGUUAAGCUUGGGGAGAAAGAAAGCGAAACCAUGGCGCCGAACCAACAAACUUCUCCCUCCCCUUCUUCUCUCGUCAUAAACCCUUCUUCAUCUCUGCCGGAGAAGACGAUAAACAGUUCUCCGAUCUCUGAACACAAUUUCUGAAUCGCUCUUCGUUUUACCAAGCACCGGGAAAUGCAAACGUUCCGGAUUUUCUCAGCUUACUGGAAGAACAACCGUUCCGCGAGCUCGUUUAAUCUCAUCAAACGGUUUUGCACUAAAAGAUCCAAGAAGCCUGGUGGUCAGAAACUUGUUCAUGUUCAGACAAGUGAACCCGUGGCAUCAACCUCGUGGAGAUCCUAUUAUAUAUUGGCUGGAGUUGGUCUAGGUGGAUUUGGUGGCUUAUCAUUUUUCAUUAAACAAAAUGAUGAAAGAAGGGCAAUUCCUAAAGGCCAGGACGUGAAUUGUGGAAGAUGUUCAAAUGAAGGGCCAAUAAUAGGCGGCCCUUUCAGUUUAGUUGACACAGAAGGCAGAAGGGUAACUGAACAAAACUUUCUCGGGAACUGGGUUCUUCUCUACUUUGGUCAUACUUCAUCUCCUGAUGUUGGACCAGAAGAAGUGCAGAAGAUGUCUAAGACGAUUGAUAUACUAGGCUCAAAGCAUGGUCGUAAGAUCAUACCUGUAUUCGUCACACUCGACCCACAACGCGAUACACCUUCUCAUCUUUGUGCGUAUAUCAGAGAGAUUGACCCAAGGAUAGUGGGAUUAACUGGACCAGUUCAAUCUGUGAGGCAGAUGGCACAAGAGUACAGAGUGUUCUUUAGGAAGGUUGAUGAGGAAGGAGGCGAUUAUCUUGUUGAAUCUUCUCACAAUAUGUACUUGAUGAAUCCAAAGAUGGAAGUGGUGAGAUGUUUUGGGGUGGAAUACAAUGCAGAGGAUCUGGCUGAAGCAAUAGACACAGAGGGGAAGAAAGUAAGAAUCAGCUAAUCACUAAAACUCACAUCUUUUUUUUCUCAAUUCAUCAAUCUUUCUCCUAUCAGUAUCUCUAAAGUUGAGCUCUUGGGAAUUUAGGCCUCUAACACUUGUCAUUUUUUAAACAAUGGGUGAAACAAAAUUUGAGACUAACUUCUACACUAAGUUCAGGUUUUGGGAAUACCUUACACUUUCGUUAUCUCAAUAUAGAUUUUGUUACGAGAAAUGAGUGAUAUUUUUCACACCAUUGAAAAAACCUACGAAGAGGAGGAUCGAUGAUGAAAAGAAAGUUCUUUUACUCCG